CCAGGCCGCGCCAGCGAACUACGCUUCCCGGCGGCCCGCGCGGCCGGCGCAUGAGCGCAGCGCUGUGCCCCGUCCGCGCAUCAGCCCGACUGGCCUCGGCGGGCGCCUGCGGACCGGAGCGGCGGCGGUGGCGGCGGCAGGAGCGGCUUGGCUGCAUAGCCGGUCCCAGGAAAUGGGAUGCCCGUCCCAUGCGGGGAGCAUAAAAGGCGGCUCUCCUCGUCCUCCUCCCCCCUUGUGCUGCUGCUGCUGCUGCCCUCAGUGAAGCAGGGAGGCGGGGAACCAUGUCUGCCCUUACAUCAGCCAUCCAGGCCCCCCAGGGGCCAGUCAAUCCUCCCCCGCCAGAGGUCACCAACCCUAGCAAGCCUGGGAGGAAGACGAACCAACUGCAGUAUAUGCAGAACGUGGUGGUGAAGACCCUGUGGAAGCACCAGUUUGCGUGGCCCUUCUAUCAACCAGUGGAUGCCAUUAAGUUAAACUUACCGGAUUACCACAAAAUCAUCAAGAACCCAAUGGACAUGGGCACCAUCAAGAAGCGCCUGGAGCACAACUACUACUGGAGCGCCAGCGAAUGCAUGCAGGAUUUCAACACCAUGUUUACCAAUUGUUACAUUUACAACAAGCCCACGGACGAUAUUGUCCUCAUGGCACAAGCCUUGGAAAAGAUCUUCCUGCAGAAAGUGGCCCAGAUGCCUCAGGAGGAAGUGGAACUGCUGCCCCCCGUGCCUAAAGGCAAAGCUCGGAAGAUGGCGGCCGGGACCCCCAACCCAGGGGCCCAGCACCCAGCAGCCACAGCCGUCUCCUCUGCAUCCCCCCCAGCGCCCUUCCAGAGCAUCCCUCCGUCGGUAUCUCAGACGCCUGUAAUUGCCGUCACGCCUGUGCCAACCAUCACCGCGAACAUCACCCCCAUCACGGCCCCUCCUGCGACGCCUGUGCCCCCGCCUCCCCCGCCUCCUGCCACCCCAAUCAUGGCGGUCGUUCCCCCCACUCCACCCAUCGUCAAGAAAAAGGGGGUGAAGCGGAAAGCGGAUACCACCACGCCCACCACGUCGGCCAUCACAGCCAGCCGGAGCGAAUCCCCCCCACAGCUGUUGGACUCGAAGCAGGCCAAAGUGGUGGCCCGGCGGGAGAGCGGUGGCCGGCCCAUCAAACCGCCCAAGAAGGACCUGGAAGACGGGGAGGUGCCCCAGCACGCGGGCAAGAAGGGCAAGCUCUCCGAGCACCUCAAGUACUGCGACAGCAUCCUGAGGGAGAUGCUGUCCAAGAAGCACGCGGCCUACGCCUGGCCCUUCUACAAGCCGGUGGACGCCGAGGCCCUGGAGCUGCACGACUACCACGACAUCAUCAAGCACCCCAUGGACCUCAGCACCGUCAAGAAAAAAAUGGACGGUCGGGAAUAUCAGGACGCCCAAGGUUUUGCGGCGGACAUUCGGUUAAUGUUCUCCAAUUGUUACAAGUACAAUCCGCCUGACCAUGAGGUGGUGGCGAUGGCAAGGAAGCUGCAGGACGUCUUUGAGAUGCGAUUUGCCAAGAUGCCGGACGAGCCUGCUGACCCCCCGCCGCCCCCUCUGCCCACGGCCCCCGUGGUCAGCAAAAGCACGGAGAGCAGCCACAGCAGUGAGGGGACCUCCUCGGACUCGGACAGCUCGGACUCGGAAGAGGAGCGGGCCACGCGGCUGGCAGAGCUGCAGGAGCAGGACUGUUCCCGAUCAUUGAGGCAGUGCUACAAGGUCAUUGACUCCCGAGACUGGAAUGGAUGGAAUCUCAAGGCCGUCCACGAGCAGCUGGCUGCCCUCUCGCAAGCACCGGUGAACAAGCCAAAGAAGAAGAAGGAGAAGAAAGAAAAAGAGAAGAAAAAGAAGGAGAAGGAGAAAGAGAAGCACAAGGCAAAAGUCGAGGAGGAGAAGAAAGCCAAGACGGCCCCACCAGCGAAAGCCCCCCAGCAGAAGAAAGCCCCUGCCAAGAAGGCCAACAGCACACUUCCCGUGAACAGGCAGCCGAAGAAGGCCGGGAAGCAGGCCUCAGCCACCUACGACUCGGAGGAGGAGGAAGAAGGCCUCCCCAUGACUUACGACGAGAAGCGCCAGCUCAGCCUGGACAUCAACCGCCUGCCGGGGGAGAAGCUGGGCCGGGUGGUGCACAUCAUCCAGUCGCGAGAGCCCUCCCUCAGGGACUCCAAUCCCGACGAGAUCGAGAUCGAUUUUGAAACCUUGAAGCCCACCACCCUGCGGGAACUCGAGAGAUACGUCAAGUCUUGCUUGCAGAAAAAACAGCGGAAGCCAUUUUCCGCGAGUGGGAAGAAGCAGGCGGCCAAGUCCAAGGAGGAGAUGGCUCAGGAGAAGAAGAAGGAGCUGGAGAAGCGCCUGCAGGACGUGAGCGGGCAGCUGAGCAACAACAAGAAGCCAGCCAAGAAAGAAAAAUCCGGCUCCUCGGCGCCAUCCGGUGGCCCGUCUCACCUCAGCAGCAGCAGCAGCUCCGAGUCGGGGAGCAGCAGCUCCAGCGGCUCCAGUUCCGACAGCAGCGACUCAGAAUGACCAGGGGGACUCUUGGCCCGUCCGGACUGGAAUCUCCGUCCCCCCGUUUUAUUUUUCUAACGGUUCCUCUCUUCCGUCGUGACCAAGUCUGCGUUUUCCACUCUUUGGCAGCCAUUUUAAAGGACUCCAUGUUACAGAACGAUCCCUCCUCGGAAGAGUUUCCUCCUCCUGCUUUUAUUAGGUCAAACGCCCGACUAGACUUGGUGACAAACAGUUUGCAUCACUUAAAGUCUCUAAACCCUUUUUUAGCCCGAAAUGCUGAAGGAAGGAAGAACUCGACAGAGACUCUAUUACCCCCCCCCCCCCGCCUGCACCAUGGCCGAAGCCCGGAGGGGGAGCGAUUCUGCCCUUUCUGGCAGGCUCCUUUGGCCAGGCCAGAGAGCCGAUUCUCCUGGAAGGCGAUGGGGGGGGGGAUUUUGGAGGGGGGAGCAACCUCAGUGAACGGUACUGCAGUGGGAGGAGGCCAGUGCGGCAAGGCCGGCCGGUCGGCCAUGUUCUAAUCUGCUGGUCUGCUGACUCCCCCCGCCCCCCACCAGGCAGCCACCUCCCCUUCUCCACUGGGAUGAAGAUCCUGAUCUUUUUUUAUAGAUAAGAGGGAAAAAGCUCAUGUACUGUGGAUUGUUUUUUAAAGCGUACCUUUUUAGAUAUUUCUUUUACCUUUUUUAAUCAAUAUAUAGAUUCAUGCUCUGGUUGUGAAAAACUCGUCAGAGGUGGCUGCCCUGUUGAGGGCAGUGGACGCGACCAGGGCCCAGCAAGCGGUUGCCCAGCCUUGGGUCUGCCUGUGCAGGACGGCAUCGCCCACCACCCUCUGGGGGGCAGGAGGGCCGUGCGGCCUGGCUCCUUGGCCAUUGGGCAGAGGGAGCCUGCGGAGCCCCAUUGCUCGGGAUCUCCCCGCAGCCUGGGCGUCCGUUCUCAUCCUGGCAUUGGAAGGGCGGGGGGUCCCUCGCUCUGUCCCCCUCCAAGCAGCAGGGGCUGCCAGAUCCAGGGCAAGGCGCCCCCGACAGCAGGCAGUCCGAGGUGGUGCCCUGGCUGAACUGCGGGCCGGGCUCCGUCCUUGCCAGGAGAACACGUGUGUUGUGCGAGUGCAGGUUUCCAAAUAAUCAAAACGUUUACCUCAAGGUACGGUGGGAGAAUAUGCUUUGGGGAAGGGGAGGGUGGGCAAACAAUGUUUUUGUAAGGAUCAUCCAUUUUUUAGGAGCUAUUUUGUUUCUCCAGCCUGCCCUGGAGACCUGCACUUUGCACACGACACACCCGGAACUGAGUAUCUUUUUCAUGUACAUAGAAAUACUUUAUUUAUUAACUCCAGUGGUCACUUAAAAAUGAAUCCUGCGUUUUGAAGAGCAGCAGACAAAAUGUAGGUUUGUGUUGUUUUUAAAACUAAGCUCUGAAAGAAAAUUGGGAAUCCUUUUAAUUUAAACGUAUCUGACUUUUUAACCAACAGGUGCUAUGGACCUUUGAUAGUUUCCUGUUCUGGUGCUUAUUCCUUGUACGUGGAUUCAGUUUGGGGGAAUGGGAUCGUUUGGGAUUCUUUGGGUUUCUUUUUGUAUAGACUUUGGACUUACAGGUAUUGGUAACUUCCAGAUAAAGCAUGUUUUAUUUGUAUAUUCCUAGUCUUCUCCCACGUCCGUCUUUUUCUCUGUAUCUUGUUUUAAAGUAGAACAGUUUGGAAAAAAAAAUAAAGCAACAAAGACCCA